AGAAAUUGAUUUACCUUUCCAGGUAAAGAAUGAACCCUGAUGCUCCUGAUGUGUUGACCCCAUUGUACUGGCUGGCGGGGACAUGGAAAUCCAAGGAUUUUGGCCAGGGAACAUACCCAACUAUUAAAGAUUUUCAGUAUAAAGACGAACUAGUGAUCAGCUGCACUGGUCAACCCCUCCUGGACUUCAGCAGCAGAACCUUCCAUGCAGUCUCUAACAAGAUGAUGCAUAGGGAGACAGGGUUCAUCAAGAUCAAGGAUAAGUUAGGUCGUAUAGAGUUCACUAAGUCUCCCCAUGUUACGAAAAUCCAGCGUAAACUGCGUCUACUGGAUACCGGAGAAUUAGAACAGACAGUUUUCAUGGCAACAGAGAAUACUCCACUUACUCAACAUCUACAGGUUACCUACACCAAGCAGUAGAAAACUACAACGCAGCACUGAGAACAUUGUAAUGUUUAUCGAGCAUUUAUGCAUUGUACCCAUUACAGGGGAUGCAAAUUCCAAACCGUGCUUAUGUCCUAAUCCUGACACUCAGUGACAG